AUUAUUACUUAAGUGAAAAAAAUUUUCUCUCUUCAGAAGUAAAAUGCUUUCUAUGAGAACUUCUGAUGCCAAGACUCUUUUGAAGACUUACUUUGUUGCAUGGCUUAAAGGCAGAUGAUGUUGUUAAUGAAUUCUGAGCAUCCUUCAGGAGACUGGUGACCCUUCUAUCAUUGAUAUAUGCUGUCAUGGACAACUUCAAAUGCUCUUUUCCAAAACACCACAAGCAGUUAACGCACCUUAUAAAGGACUCCUGACUUUUUGAUUCUUCCUAAGUCAAAUCUAGAUGUCACCAGUGUUUCCCAUGUUAACAGUUCUGAGCAUGUUUUACUAUAUGUGCCUUCGGCGCCGAGCUAGGACAGCGACGAGAGGAGAAAUGAACAGUCGGAGGGCGAUUGAAUCAAACACCCGAGCCUUACCUAUCAAUGUUGAAAUAGUUCAGUAUGCCAAAGAAGUGCUGGAUUUCAGCUCUCACUAUGGCAGUGAAAACAGCAUGUCAUAUACCAUGUGGAAUUUAGCAGGUAUUCCAAACGUGUACCCUAGUUCUGGUGACUUUACUCAGACUGCUGUCUUUCGAACUUACGGGACCUGGUGGGAUCGUUGCCCCAGCGCUCGGCUGCCGUUCAAGAGGACACCAUCCACCUUCUGUAGCCAAGACUAUGUGGAACUUGCUUUUGAAGAACCAGUUUAUCCCACUGCAGUGCACAUUCUGGAAACCUAUCAUCCUGGAGCUGUAGUCAGGAUUUUAGCAUGCUCUGCAAAUCCUUACUCUCAAAAUCCACCAGCUGAAGUAAGAUGGGAAAUACUUUGGUCUGAGGCACCUACAAAGGUGAAUGGUCCUCAGGCUCGGCAGUUCACACCUUGUAUCAAACAGAUAAACUUUCCUACAAACUUAAUCCGACUGGAAGUGAACAGCUCUCUUCUGGACUAUUACACUGAACUGGAUGCAGUAGUGCUACAUGGUGUGAAAGAGAGACCUGUGCUUUCACUAAAGACUUCAAUGAUUGAUAUGAAUGAUAUAGAUGAAGAUGAGGAUGAAGAAAAGUAUGGCUGUGGAAUGGACACCCUUAAUAAACAGUUCAGCAUCGUUACCCUCAGGGAAUGGCCAACUAACGGAUAUUUUGAUAAACUGCCUUAUGAGCUCAUCCAGUUGAUUUUGAGUCACCUUACAGUACCAGACCUGUGUAGACUAGCACAAACUUGUAAGCUACUCUAUCAACAUUGCUGUGAUCCUCUACAGUACAUUCAUCUCAGUUUACAACCUUACUGGGCAAGGAUUAAUGACACAUCUCUGGAAUACCUACAGUCUCGCUGCACUCUCAUCCAAUGGCUGAAUUUAUCUUGGACUGGAAACAGGGGAGCCAUCUCUGUUUCUGGAUUUAGCAGGUUCUUGAAAGUUUGUGGCUCUGAAUUAGUACGUCUUGAAUUGUCUUGUGGCCAUUUCCUCAAUGAAGCGUGCUUGGAGGUCAUCACUGAAAUGUGUCCAAAUCUUCAGGAAUUAAAUCUCUCAUCAUGUGAUAAAAUACCACCUCAGGCUUUCAACCAUAUAGCCAAAGUGGGCAGCCUAAAGCGUCUCAUUCUCUACAGAACGAAAGUGGAGCAAACAGCCCUGCUCAGUAUUUUGAACUUCUGCUCGGAGCUGCAACACCUCAGCCUGGGCAGCUGUGUCAUGAUUGAAGAUUAUGACCUUAUAGCAAGCAUGAUGGGGGCAAAAUGCAAAAAGCUUCGCAGUCUGGAUUUGUGGAGAUGUAAAAACAUAACUGAAAGUGGAAUCGCAGAAUUGGCUUCGGGCUGCCAGCUUUUGGAAGAACUUGAUCUUGGUUGGUGCCCUACGUUACAGAGCAGCACAGGCUGCUUCACGAACCUUGCACGUAAACUCCCAAACUUGCAAAAGCUCUUCCUUACGGCCAACAGGUCUGUGUGCGACACAGACAUCGAGGAGCUUGCUGCUAACUGUACACAUUUACGGCAGCUGGAUAUAUUGGGGACGAGGAUGGUGAGCCCCGCAUCUUUAAGAAAAUUGCUGGAGUCUUGUAAAGAUCUUUCUUUACUCGAUGUGUCCUUCUGUUCGCAGAUCGAUAAUAGAGUUGUGCUAGAACUGAAUGCCAGCUUUCCUAAUGUGUUCAUAAAAAAGAGUUUCACCCAGUGACUCCCUACAUAUGCUGCUGUGGAACUCAUUUGACAGAGUUGUUUCCUGUAAAUUUGUGCUUUUUUAAAGAAGAAUAUAAAUCUGCUGUGAAAUAGUGGAAACUAUUAAUUAUCUAUACAAAUGGGUAAAAUACAUUAAAAUGUAUUAUGUUUCUUAAAGAGUUGAUAUUGUACCUAAGAAUUAUUUUACUCUGUGUUGAUUGGUAACACUGCAUGUUUUUAAAUACCAGCCAUAUGUUUGGCUUUAAUGAAAAGCAAAUGAAUGUCUUCUUAAAUGUCCCUUCAAAGGGUGUUACACACAGUAAACUAUGUUAAUAUCCAGGUGAAAGCAAACGUUCAAUAUUGAGCAGUAAGGAAAAUAUGGGUGCUUCCUUCUUAUGUGUUUGUGUGUGUAUAUAUAAAUGUAUACAGAUGUAUUUGUAUAUACAUACACAGAUAUUGUAGCAUUCUAGUUUGGCCUGCAGCAUAAGAUGCUGUGAUCUGGCCUAUAAUUAGUUAUUUGUUUUUCAAGCUGUUUAAGCUUGUAUAGGAACAGAUCAAAAAGGCACUUUGUCCUCUUCAGUUGUUUGGCAGUGAUCUGUAUCUGAUACAUUUUUCUCCCUUCCUCCACCUGAAGUAGAUGUAGUGAUGUUUUACAGUCCACCCUAAGCGACACAACAGAUAAAUGCAAGAACCUGAACCACCUGAACUUAGAGCAGAAGCAAAAGAGAAAAUUGCCAUCUGCUUCUUGGUAUUGAGAUAAAAAGUUUGAGCCAGGUACUUAAUGUUGUAGCUGGUAAUGUGUAGAAAACUCCAGCGUAGUUUUCUUUUUCAAAUUUCUGACGUGGUCAAGACUUGAUUUGUGAUACAUCUGCUUAUUGUGCAGAGUACCAUGAAAAGUAGAAUUUAGGGUAAUGCGUUAGCACUGUCCCUUACACUGGCAUCAAAUUUACUAUCAGGAGUGAAAACAAGCAUCGCUGUUCAGUAAAACAGCAAUGAAAAUAUAAUGGGUUUGAAACGGGCAAUGUUGAUCUGGUGAUUUUUUAAUCACCAAACCUCAGUGUUGGAUUUGUUUUGUUUGGGGUUUUUUUUUUAUUUUUGUUUUGUUUUUUGAAGAGAUGGUAGCUCAAAGUACUAUUGCACUCUCUCUUUAGCACUGCUUAGCCUCUGGAGAAG